UGACGCCAUUUGAUUAACAUCAGAAACAGGUGUCAGUGAGUCAGACAGAGACUAAAAAUCUAUUCCUAGAAAUCGAGGGAAAUGUUCGGAAGUAAAACAGCAACGUUUGAUAGAGCGUUAGAAAAGGCCACCAGUCAGUUGCUACUCGAACCAGACUGGGAUUCUGUUCUGCAGAUAUGCGAUUCCAUACGGCAGGGAGACAUACAACCCAAAGCUGCUGUGGCUGCAAUUAAACGGAAAGUUUCCACAGAUAAUCCACAUGUUGCACUUUACUCUCUGCAAGUACUUGAGUCAUGUAUGAAGAAUUGUGGUUCAAUGGUUCAUGGCGAAGUUGCUUCAAAGGAGUUUAUGGAAUUCAUGAAGGAUCAGGCAAAGUUGCGACCUGAUCCAGUAAAAGCAAAAAUUUUAGAACUGAUUCAGAUUUGGUCACAUGCCUUUCGGAACGAGCCCAGUUACAAGGUGGUUCAAGACACGUUUCAUCUUAUGAAGAUGGAAGGUUACAAAUUUCCUACUUUUAUGGAAUCGGAUGCGAUGUUUUCAGCAGAUAAAGCUCCAGAGUGGGCCGAUGGAGACGUGUGUACACGUUGUCGUGUUGCAUUUGGAAUGGUGCAGAGAAAGCAUCACUGUCGUAACUGUGGAGAUGUUUACUGUGCAAAGUGUUCAUCAAAGACUUCCAUUCUACCCAAGUUUGGCAUUGAGAGAGAAGUCAGAGUAUGCGACGCAUGCUAUGACAAAUUAAAUGCGUCCGCUGCCAAAAAGGAAAGUGAGACGGAUUUGCCAGCAGAAUAUUUAGCCAGUCCAUUGUCUAAACAGAACCAGGUUAAUCCACCGACUAAGACAGAGCAGGAGAUACAGGAAGAGGAAGAGCUGCAGCUGGCAUUGGCCCUGUCCAUAAGUGAAAAUGAAAGCAAGAGCAAAAAUCGUCCAAACUAUUCUGGAACUAGUAGUAAGAAUGCAUCUUAUACAACAGAACCAGUGAAUGUUCCUACCAUUGAUACAUCAGACAUGGAUCCAGAGCUGGCUCGUUACCUAAAUCGCAAUUACUGGGUGCAGAGGUCAGAGGGAAAUGUGUCAACAACUACACCGUCAGCUCCAGUCGCUACCACUGAUCCCAAGACAUCUACAGUCAAAAUACAGGAGCAGCACCAUUUGGCAAUGCCAUACCAGAACGGUGAAGCCGACGAUGACCAGGUGCAAUUUCUAAAUGCGUUACAGAGCAGUAUUGAGAUCUUUGUGAACCGAAUGCGGAGCAAUUCCCAGCGAGGUCGGAGCAUUGCUAACGACUCUUCUGUUCAAUCUCUGUUCACAGUGAUUAGUAACAUGCACCCACAGCUGCUGAAAUACAUCCAAGAGCAGGAAGAUCUCCGAGGUCAUUAUGAGAGCCUCCAGGACAAGCUAGCUCAGUUACGAGAUGCCCGGGAGGCGCUGGAUGCACUGCGAGAGGAGCAUCGUGAAAAAAGACGCAGGGAGAUGGAAGAACUUGAACGCCAGAGACAGAUUCAGAUGGCACAGAAGUUGGAGAUCAUGCGGCAGAAGAAACAUGAAUACCUGGAGAUGCAACGACAGCUCGCUCUUCAGCGUCUGCAGGAGCAGGAGCGGGAGAUGCAUUUAAGACUUGAGCAGCAGAAACAGCUCACCCAGAUGAGACAGAUGCAGACAUACGGCUACCCACAGGCCAUGGCGGGCAUGCCACAGGUGUAUGGUACACAACCGGGUAUGAUGCCACAAGGGAUGCCGCCACAAGGGAUGCCUCCGGGACCUCCCCAUAUGCAGCAGCAAGUCCAUGGCUACAGUCCUGCAGGAUCAGCAGAAGGAUCCCCCAUCCAUCAGGCUGGAUAUGGUCCGAAUCCGCCUGGGCCGGGAGUGGGAACACAGGCUGGUGGACAUGCAGCUCCCAACCAACCCAUGUAUAUUCAGUCGUCCACACAAGGCUACAACCAGCUAGGGGUUGGCUACCCGAUUCACCCGAGUAUGUCGGGAAGUGCAACCAACAUCGGAUCAGCACCUAAUGUACAGACAGGACCUACAGGAAUGCCCGGUUACCAGUCUAUGGUGACAGAUGGGGCAGUGGCUCCCCCUCCAGUCAGCUAUCCAGCUCAACCAAACAUGCAAUACAGUGACCAGGGACAAACCAGUAUGCCGCCACAGCAGAUGGUACAACAAGGAGGCAUGGUUCCAGGGCAGUCUUACUCGGUGCAGCCAGGCAUGGAAUAUCCGUCUUUUAACAUGCAAAAUAUGGCUGGUACUCUACCCCAACAGAAUCAGCCUGUUUAUUCGAACUCUCAGCAACAGUUUGUAGGAACGUCUGGGCCUUCACCCCAACCCCCUGCUCAGUACAUUCCACAACCACAACAGAUGCAGGCUCCUACACAACAACAACAACAACAACAACAACAGAUGCAGGCUCCGACACAACAACAACAACAACCACCACCAUCUGCACAACAACAAUCCUCAUCUAAGGAAGCAGAACUAAUAUCCUUUGAUUAAAUUGUUAACAUAUAGCCUACAGUGAUAAUACGCUGGAUAUAUAAUAUAUAAUUAUUAAAUAUAAUCAGGAUCAUAUAUGUGUAUUCUGUAAAACAUAAUAACUUUCUUGUCAGCAUGGUGGUGAGGAAAGGUUGGGUUUUUGUUUUUGUGGAUUUUCUUAAUCCAAAGUCUGCAGGCAAGCUUAUGUGUGUGUGCAUCACUUAUCACAAAGACAUUUUUGUACUUGGAAUGUUCAAUGUUUGUGAACCAAAGCUUCUGACGACAAUCUGUAUGCUCCAGCGUAGUGCCUCAAAGUUAUCCCUUUUCCAUUUUGCAGUGUAUACUGUUUUGUAUCCGAAUUCUUUAUUUUCAAGUAAACACACUGACAAUAUUUUAUUAUAUGUCAUUAUGUAGAUUCUGCCAGAAUGGUUGUUUCUUAACAAAUUUUUUUAAUACAUGUGAAUUUCUGUUUGUAAAUCACUAAAUGUGGACAACCUUAUCAAAUGUUGGUGGUUAUUUCUUUUAUAAAGGUACGGUAUACA